AUGAAUAAAGGUAAAUAUAUUUUGAAGAAGGGGACUACUACUUUGACUGCUAGACCAUUCACUUAUGUUCUUAAUUCAAAAUUUAACAACCAUCUAUGCGAUCAUUGUUUAAGACGUGGAAAAGUUUCAAAAUGUUCCGCCUGCCAGUGUGUUUAUUACUGUAAUCAUUCCUGUCAACGAGGUGCAUGGCCUAUACAUACGACUGAAUGUCCAAAAUUAAAAAAGUUUUUAUCAAAAACUGUACCAGAUUUAGCACAAUUUAUGACUCGUGUAAUUAUAAAACUAAAUCAAGGUGGAGGGGAAAAAAAGGGAUACUACAGUGAAACAAAUUAUAGAAAAUUUAAGGAUUUAAUGUCACAUUGCUCUGUCAUAAUGAAAAAUACGAAAAGGAUGUUUAUUUUUAUGUGUCAAUGUGGGAUUUUAAAUGUAUUAUUCGAAGGUGAACCUAUGCCAAGUCAUCAGGAAUUAAUACCUAUUUGUGGCAGAAUGUAUUCUGUUUAUAUAUUAGAUGUGGACAUGAAUAGUAUUGGUAUUGGUAUUUAUUUAGGUUCUUCAAUUAUUGAUCAUAGUUGUAUGCCAAAUGCUGUAGCCAUUUUUGAAGGACCUACUCUAACUAUUAGAACAAUAGUAGAUCUUCCUCUUUUAGAUUGGUCUCAGCUAAGAAUAUCAUACAUUGAUUUACUUAAAGCGACAAAAGACAGACACAAGAAAUUACAAAAAUCAUAUUACUUCUGGUGCAAUUGUAAAAGGUGUGAACAGCCAGAAUUAAUGGCUGAAGCUGCAGUGUGCCUAAAUAAGUCUUAUACACAUCCUUGCUCUGCUGACACAGAUACAUGUGUAAAAUUUGGGACACAUUUUCCAAAAAAAUUCAAAGAUACUUUUGAUGAGAUAACUCACUUCACUGCACAUCUUUUACAAAGCAUGGAAGAAAUGGCUUUCUUGUAUGUAAGUAAGAAAUGCCUCAAAAAACAAGAGGGUAUCUUGCACCCACUUAAUAUACAACAUCUGCAAACUUUACUAAAAGCUCUUAAAUCUGCCACACAUUUAGAACUGUGGGAGGAAGCAGACUCUUAUACAAAAUGACUUACUAAUGGCUAUGUAAUAUAUUAUGGUCAAGUACAUCCAUUAACUGGAAUGUUGUACUUCUUCACAGGAACAAUUCAAUCACACUUAAAAAAACCAAAACAAGCUCUAGAAACUUUAAAAAGAGCUGAGUCUAUUUUAGCAAUAACAAAUGGAGAAAAACAUACUUUGUUUAGAGAACUAUUUCAAACUUUCACCAAGUAAUUAAGGCGCUGGAAGUAUGGAAAUAUGUGCGUCGAUAAUUAGUGAUUGUGAUAAU